AGAUCUUCGUUGUAGCCGGACGAUUGAAAAUUGACUGAAGUUCGUGUGCGCGCGCAAUUGUUCUUGUUGUCGCUUUUGAUAUUCUUCUCCUUUUAUUACGUGCCGGCCGUGCGCCGCCUGCAUGUGUGUGUGUGUUGUGUUGUGUUGUGCUGUGCUUAGUGUUUAUGUGUGCGUGACUCUGUGCUGCGGCAGCGCAGACAACAAAAGAAAAUUUGCCGGUCCACCUUCGGCGCUUCCUUGCCCUUGCCCAAUGCCGUUAUUCGCACUGCCAAAAUAACAAAUCGAAUUUUUUCGCAUACAAGUUGAAUAUUUUACAACUCAACCGCAACCGUUUUGUAUUAUAAAUUGGACCAAAAAUUUAGCACAAUGGCCUUGAUAAGACUGGCAAGACAACUGGGCCUGAUUGACACGUUGUAUGUGGAGGGCGGCCGACCAGAUCCAGCUAACGAUUUGGACGGAUUACAAAACGAAGCAGACAUCAGCAUCAACGGUGCAUCCGAAGUAGCCACAGUUCCCGUCAAGACAAAGAAGUCACGCAAAUCCAAACAGUUGGCCAUGCAGCCCUUCAGCUAUGUGAUUGCCGUAGACUUUGAGGCCACGUGCUGGGAGAAACAGGCACCGCCGCAGUGGCGGGAAGCGGAGAUCAUAGAGUUUCCAGCCGUGCUGGUCAAUCUAAAAACGGGCAAAAUCGAAGCCGAGUUUCACAAGUAUAUUAUGCCCAUUGAGUCGCCACGGUUGAGCACCUACUGCACGGAGUUAACGGGCAUAGAACAGAAGACUGUGGACACUGGAGUGCCGUUGCAAACGGCGCUGAUGAUGUUCCACGAAUGGCUGCGCAAGGAGCUGCGGGCCCGCAGUCUGUUGCUACCCAAGACGAGCAAAUCAAAUAUACUGGGCAACUGUGCAUUCGUCACAUGGACCGACUGGGACUUUGGCAUCUGUCUGCACAAGGAGUGCACACGCAAGCGCAUGCGCAAGGCUCCCUAUUUUAAUCAGUGGAUCGAUGUGCGUGCCGUUUAUCGCGAGUGGUAUAAAUAUCGGCCCUGCAACUUCAGCGAUGCCCUCUCACAUGUGGGCCUAGCCUUUGAGGGACGCGCACAUUCCGGCAUCGAUGAUGCCAAGAAUCUAGGCGCUCUUAUGUGCAAAAUGGUGCGAGAUGGUGCGCUCUUCUCAAUCACCAAGGAUCUGACGCCAUAUCAACAGCUGAAUCCCAAUUGUGUAUUGUGAGCCAGCGACCGAGAGAACUCCCUCCAAGAUAUCUAACGAGAAAAAAUGCACUUAGUUACUGACUUUUAAUAAAUAAUUAAUAUUACGAAGCUGGCGAUGAUAGAUCGACAGUUCUUAAUGUGAGAA